GGAGUCCGAGCGAAUGACGCGUGUGCGUGAGGAUCACGUGAGUACGGAGCUGUCACAUAAACAUUUCCCUUCUCACAGCUGUUUGAUUAUUAACAGCGGUUAUGCUUAUUUUUCGACUGAUUGACACAUUACGAAUAGACUGCAUAUCUGCCUAAAUGAGAAUGAGUGUUUUGUGGGAGGAACACGCGGUUUGUAGGAGAGCAGCGUGAUAGAGGUGAGAUAGAGAUCUGAUAGCCACUCCUGCUGUCACCUACACACUGAGUGUACACUGUUACUAACCUACUCGCACAGUGGAUGGGAUGCAUUGCAUGGGCUGUGACCUGCUCCUCUUCAUGCAUAUAGAUCCUCCUCCUAACCAGGAGCAGCACGUUGUUCAUAAUAAGUGUUUUUGAGUGGUGGCUGUGUUCGAGAUGUAUUCGCCACAGAGGAAGGACUUUGUCUCUCUGACGCUGGGAGACCAGCACAGCCGCGGCUACACCAACGGCAAGCACCGGAGACAGUCCUGCUGGAGGAAAUGGAAGCAGUUGUCUCGGCUUCAGCGCAGUCUGAUUCUUUUCCUGCUGGCCUUCCUGUUCAUCUGUGGGAUUCUUUCUUAUCCCAGCCUGACGGAUCAAUGGAGAGGACUCUCUGAUAGAUCAUUGAAGGAGGACUGGGUUGAAAUGGAUAACGGAGGUCUCAGGCCCAUUCCUCCUGGCCUCAUCCAAAAGAUCCUACCAGGCGUUGUCCCGGGGGUCCAGGACAUCCCACCAGAAGUGAUGCCAGAGAUUCAAAGACCAAGCAUUCCAUUACUUCCCAAACCUCCAGCUAUGAGGAAGCCCCCUAGCAAGCGUGGUCCUCCAGUCCUACAGAAGCGAGGGAAUGUGUCAGACUGGCAGGUGAAAGAUGGAGAAGAAGCCAUGGUCAAGAGAGAUGAAGACGGAGGGAAAGAAGCAAAAACAGUCAUUAGCUGGCGUGGGGCGAUGAUCGAGGCGGAGCAGGGGACGGAGCUUCAGUCCACCGCCCAUGGAAAAGAAGGAACCGUGGCUGAUGUCGAGAAAGCUGCCAGCUUAACACCAGUCACAGUGAAGGCUGUGGAUCGUGUGGAGGCGGUGAGGGAGGCCUUCAGGCACGCAUGGAAGGGCUAUAAGGCCUUUGCGUGGGGUCAUGAUGAACUGAAGCCCAUGUCUAAGACCCAUGGAGAGUGGUUCGGCCUGGGCCUAACUCUCAUUGAUGCACUGGACACCAUGUGGAUCCUGGGUCUGAAAGACGAGUUUGAAGAGGCCAGGAAGUGGGUUGAGACAGAAUUAGCCUUUUCCAAGAAUGUGGAUGUGAAUCUUUUUGAGAGUACCAUCCGUAUAUUGGGAGGUCUCUUGAGCACAUACCACCUGACCGGAGACACUCUCUUCCUGGAUAAAGCUAAAGACAUUGGGUUCAGAUUAAUGCCUGCUUUCAAAACCCCAUCUAAAAUCCCCUACUCUGAUGUGAACAUCGGUAAAGGAACCGCUCAUCCUCCACGAUGGACCACUGACAGCACAGUCGCAGAGGUGACCAGCAUUCAGCUGGAGUUCAGAGAGCUCAGCCGACUCACACAGGACCCACAGUACCAGAAUGCAGUGGAGGAGGUGACCAGACAGGUUCACCGAUUGGAGGGAAAGCGUGAUGGUCUGGUUCCCAUGUUCAUCAACACAAACAGUGGGAAAUUCACACGUCGAGGGGCCUUUACGCUGGGGGCCCGUGCGGACAGCUACUACGAGUACCUCCUCAAACAGUGGUUACAGGGUGGCAAGAAGGAGACUGAGCUGCUAGAGGACUAUCUUCAGGCUAUAGAGGGUGUCAGAAAGAAUCUCUUGAGACAGACUUCUCCUAGUAAACUGACCUUCGUUGGGGAGCUGUCCAAUGGCCAUCUCAAUCCUAAAAUGGAUCAUUUGGUGUGUUUUCUUCCUGGCACGCUGGCUCUCGGUGCUCACAACAGUCUGCCCGCUGAUCACAUGGACCUGGCUCUGCAGUUGAUGGAGACGUGUCAUCAGAUGUAUGCACAGAUGGAGACGGGCCUGAGCCCAGAGAUCGCUCACUUUAACCUGCAGUCCAACAACGGACGGGACAUCGAUGUGAAGCCUGCAGACAGACACAACUUACUGAGACCCGAGACAGUUGAGAGUCUGUUCUACAUGUACAGAUUCACCAAGGACAGCAAAUACAGGGACUGGGGCUGGGACAUACUGCAAAGUUUCAACAAGUACACCAGAGUCCCCAGCGGGGGCUACACCUCCAUAGGUAACGUCCGAGACCCCGUGAACCCCGCGCCCAGAGAUAAGAUGGAGAGUUUCUUCCUGGGCGAGACGCUGAAGUAUCUCUUCCUCCUGUUCUCUGACGACAGCGAGCUGAUCAGUCUGGAUAAGUACGUGUUCAACACGGAGGCCCAUCCACUGCCAAUAUGGCCCUCCACCUCAUGAGGGUGAAGGCCAGAAUUAUGCUAAUCCUCACUUGGUGUUGGCUUCAACCGGAAAUGAUGCAGGCUUCCACAGGAAGUGGCCCCUCAGAGUUUCUCUGUGGGAAUGUUUCUGGUCUGAGGUGGCGUGUUCCACACCAAUCUUUUACUGUGCACUUUAAAUGUUUAUUUAAAUGUGGUGAGACCCAGAAGAACAGAUUCUCUGGCAGUUUUACACAUUAUGGGUGGUGAAAUACCACAAAUAUUGUUUCCUUACUUUUGAGCUCAUGGAGUGCCUGCAAAGUGUGACACUCUUGCAUGUUGGACAAGCCCAUUCAGCUGCCGCAGUAUUUAGAUGUUCCAUCUGCCAUAUUUGGGACAGAAACAUUAGUGCCAGAGCGCCGUAAAUCACACGGCAGGCACUUUGUAAAAUAAAGACUUCUUUUUUUUGUUAACAUCAUUAUUUCUGUGUGCACAGAUGGAUGCUCUCGAUGUGAGUGGCUCGCCUUUAUUUUUGAAGGCUGUUACAAAAGGACUCUACAUGUCAAUUUCUAAAUGUUUCCCUUUUGUGCAAGUCAGGAUGCAUUAGGUAACACAUUGAGUACUUUAUCUUGAGAUUUAUUUGGGAACCCUCUGGGAUUGUGUGUGUUUCGGUUAUUCAUGUUGAUUUUAGUGUGUGUACUUCAGAGAACGCUAAUGAUUUGAUGUAGUGGGUGCCACCCGGAGCCCUGCUAAGCUUUCCAUCGAUGUAUGGUUUAUUAGGAUCGGACAAUAUUUGGCUGAGAUAUAACUAUUUGAAUACCUAUCUGGAAUCUGAUGGUGCAAAAAAAUCUAAAUACUGCUGUCCAAAUGAAUUCUUAGCAAUGAUAAAGCUACAGAGUUUCCAUGUCAUAUUAGAGCACAGUGGUAAUCUAUAUCCACAUGCUGCCAUCCGUUUCAAUAUGUUUGAUGAUUGUAAGCAUUAAAUGAUUCAUUCACCCAGGAAUGAAAUGAAAACAUCAUUUACUUAACACAAACCUAAAUUACAUUCUUCACGGUCAAUUAAUUUCUUCUUUCUACGUUUCAAGAAAGAAAGUGUUACAGGUUUGGAAUGACAUGAGGGUGAAUAAAUAAUCACAGACUAUUUUUCAAAAUUUUUAGCUGACCUGUUACUUUAAGAUUGAUAAAUGUAGUCUGAUAUUUGCACAACUUCAUUUCACAUAUAACUCCUAGUGCGUAUCACCUGUUGAGUUUGUCUGUGCCGUCAAGUCUUUGUUUCUCCUAUCAUCUCAUGUGUCUUUGGUCAAACAGCAAUCAUCCAAUGAAAACCUUCAGGCUUUCAGAAGGCGUCAGACAAGCACAAAAUAAUCCUUCAUCUGAAACCAUCCAUUUUCAGGGUGAUUGACAUUUGCAUUACAAUAUGUCUGUUCUGUGUCACAUUCCUCUUGCUGCUUCUGGUGAUACAGCAUCAAAAACUGCAUCGCUUGUGCCUUUCGAUUUAUAGUAUACAGAGUGAUCGCAUGAUAAUGAGAGAUUUCUCCCUGAUUGCUUCUCUUGUCUCUUUGCUGCAAUCAGCGGUUUGUGAUUACCGUUUGUGCUCGCGAGCGAGUGUUAAAUGAAGCAGCCCGGAGUGGACACGGAUCUGAUGAGGGUUUGUGAAGGUCAGGUUGUGUUCGAUGUAUUAAUAUCCAGCACAGCUGCACUGGUUUUCAUAAUGGUAAAGAUACGAGGAGGUCUUUGAGGUUGUUGACAUUUGUAAAGCAUAACUAAAAUAAGUUAAUUGUUAAAGCAAUAGUUUCCCCAAAAAAUAAUUCACCCUCAGGCAAUGCAAGUUGUAAUUGAGUUUGUUUCUUCAUAAGAAAAGAUUUGGAGGAAUUUAGCGUUAGAUCACUUGCUCAUCAGUGGAUCCUCUGCAGUGAAUGGGUGCCGUCAGAAUGGGAGUGUGAAUAGCUGAUAAAACCAUCACAAUAAUCCAUAAGUUAUCCACAAUAACUCCAGGCCAUCAUAAAGAUAUGUUAACCUUAAACCAUUGCUCUCGGAUAAAAUAUGAGUUCUCUUUACAUAAAGAGUGAAAAAGUGUUGUCUGAAUCAGAAGAGAAAUAUGCACAGAUCAAGUACUGUUCACAAGCCAACCGUUCUAAACAAAUCUGUCUCUGGAUUUUGAUGUCAGAGGACGGAGGAAGCAAUAUUAUAGAUUAUAGGCUCUGGAUAAAAUGGAUUCCAUCCAGUUAAAAUGCAUUAUUGAUGGAUUUUAUAGCGGUUUCUGUAACUUUCAUUCUGAUGGCACCCAUACACUUCAGAGGAUCCAUUGGUCAGCAAGUGAUGUGAUGCAAAAUGUCUUCAAAUCUGUUCUACUGAAGACACAAACUCUUGGAGGCCUGAGGGUGAGUUAGUUUUCUGCAAAUUGUCUGCAUUUUUGGGCAAACUAUUCCUUUAAUAGCAAUUGUCAUAAGUUUUUGUUGUUAAUUUGUUUGGGGUUCUUUUGUGUUUUACGUGCCUUAAUAAUUUGAUUUUGUUUUAUUUAAAAUAAUAUUUUAAUGCAUCACAUUUUUAUGUACUGAAAUGAAAAUUCAAUCACCCUAAUCACCCUUUGAGAUUUCAUAUUAUACAAUGUGCUUUUCUACGGUUUAUUUACAAAAGGGAGCUCAUUCUUGUCUAGUGUGAUUAUGCAUGCUUUUUCAUAUUAAUUAAAUCAUGCAUAAUAUUACAUAUUCAUAAUUUAAAAUCCAUGACAAAAAAAGCUAUCCUGCCAAAUGACCCCUCUGAUAUUGAAUAUUGUAAACAUUGUCCUUGUAAAUACCUGUGGAAAAAACAUGCCUUGCUGUAUUGCAGAAACGUUCAGCAACAGUAUCCUUAAAACAAGAUAGAUUUUUUUUGGUAAGCAAUACUGCUUGUAUUAAAGUUUCUUGCACUGUUAAAUGUGAUGGGUCGAUGCUGCGAGAACAAACUAAAUAUCAAAAAAUAAAAAUAAAGUUCAUUCAAAAUAUAUUCUUGUAAAACAAGUCAACACAUUGUAAUUUGUUGAAAGCAUUACACAUACCGUACAGUAGCAAUUUUGCUUAUCAAGUAAGUUCUUGUUUUAAGGAUGUUUAAAUAUUUACUUUUUUUGUUGUUGUAUUUGCACUACAGUUGAAGUACAACUUUUUUUUCUGUGUAUCGUCUUGAACUUAUUCCUACAUUAACAGCGUAUAACAAAAAUAAAAUAAAAUCGACAAGCAGAA